UUAGAUGGUCGUUCAUUACCACGGUAAAUUUCCAAUAUUAAUUUUUUUUACAAAGUAUGAUUUGGAUAAAAUUUCAUCAGGACUUAUAUUUCAUUAUUUAUGUGCAGGAAUCAUGUGUUCAGUAUGUCUUUACAGUCGUAUGCACAGUGCCCUCUUAAAAUCCAUAUUAUUUUGCGUCAUUAUUGUAUUUACAUUAAAAAAUUUGUGUAUUGUUUUUAUUAUGAGUGCAAAUGAGAACUGUUUUCUCCAUUUUAUUCUUCAUGUAAUUGUAGUAGAUUCAAUCAGUCUUGCUUUUGACGCAGGUUUUUCCAGUGGAAUUAGAAUUUCAUACUUUACCAAUAAUUCGAACACAUUUCUUUAAAAUAAUAUACACUGAUCUUCAUAAUCUUCAUGAAUUUUGCCCAACAUUUCUCCUAAUCGUUGUUGUGUAGAAAUAUUCGUUGAGUUAUUAAUUGCGGGAGAAAUAAUCACUUCAAGUUGGCCUCAUUUAGCGACAUGAGUUGUUUGUCAAGUUUAUGUUAUUCAAAUAAAGCAACCUCCAUGUUUAUUAAUUUCGGAUUACCAUUUUGUACAAACUAAGUGUUUUGUGCUCAAGAUUGUAAGAUGAACUAGCGCCUUCAACGCAAAUAUUGUAUAUAAAAACACCGGUAAUCUAAUGCUCGAAUCCUUCUCAUAUUGUUUACUUUAGGGAAAUAUCUUUCUUGACCUUCAAGUGACUCAAAGUCUGGUAUAUUUACCAUUCGGUUUAAAAUAUAUUUAGAAAAUGUUAUUUCCAUUAAACAUGUACAUACAUGAUCAAUCAUUGUAAUUUUAGUGUACAGUGACACUUUCAAACCUUUUUGAUGACCAAAAUACCACAAUUCGAAGAGAUCAAAAAACAAUCUUGAUUUUGUUGUCAGCAUACUAAUUGUUGACUGUCUCAAAUAUUAUAUCAACCUUGGCUAUGCAAAAUAUGAGCUACUUAACCGAUGUCCUGGGGAUUCAGAAUCCGAUACACAAGAAGAAAUUGAUGCUUCGUGCUUUGGAUAUCAUUCUGUUUGGACCUCCAAGACAGCCAGUACUUGUGUCAGGAAAUGUUUCUCUAGUCACAUUGUCAAUAGGAUUGUUAUGCGUUUCGUUUGUGGGCUUUUCUCAUUGGUUCUACCAUGCAUCAAGUUUUUCGGAGAAAAAUUCCGUUGGUGAAAAUCAGAAAAAAUUAAAUGUUGCUGAACAAACAUUAAAACAACUUCAAAAAAGGUUAGAUGAUGUGGAGCAAUUAAGGCAAACGUUGAAUGCUUAUGAAGUAAAUCAACAUUUUGCGUCAUCAUCAGCUCCUAAGAGUAUGAAAAGAGAUAAUUUGUCAUCGCCUCAUCUUAAAAGUAUGGAAGCGUUAAAUGAAGAUAGUCUUAAUACUCAUAAACAAUCAUACGAUCAUUCAUCAUACAUACCGUCGUCAAUUGCUGAAUUCAGUUUGUCUACUGAUUCUUUGCAUCCGAAUUCCUUGAAUAAUUAUAAUAUAUACUCAGCAAACGAUCCAUUGACUUUUGAGCAAAUACGUAAUUUACAAUAUCGCAAAAUUCUAAAUUUGAAGGGACGAAGUUCUGGAAAUGAGUUUUGUUCACCAGUUACUUUAUCAACAAAUCCUUGUAAUAAAUACCAUCUAGGUGAACCCUAUUAUGAACUUAGACAUUGGCUACAAGUUACUUAUGAAUUGGAACUUAAACGUUAUUGUGAAAAAAGAAUGAAAGCUGAAAAGAAACUGGAUUUUGCUCGUCAAUCUUGUAGACGUUUUAUGCGUAAACGUUAUGGUAUUUUUGGUUCAGUUCGACUAGUAAAUGCGAUAAAUUUGGAUGAAUUGGAAAAUCGUUUGAUUAGUGCGAAACAAGCUUUGGAUCAACUUGAAAGUGAAGUUCAAGAACGUAUAAACCGUUGGAGUCGUAUUGAAGCUUUAACUGGUCACUUGAUACGUUCAGACAUUCAUAAUCAAUAUGCGAAAAGUACUAUUUGUGAAACUACAAGUUCAAUUCCUUGCUCAAUGGAUAAGUAUAGAUAUUGUAAUGGUAGUAUGAAGUCUAGCGAUUCUGAUCGUUUGUCAUCUAUGAUUGAAGAAACUUCUCUAGAAUCUAAUCGUUUUCCUAAAUCUACUGGUAAUGGUUUAGUGAAUGAUUUCGAUUGCAUUCAUAAUAAAGAAAUUUUCAACUUGAAAGAAUCAUUUCAAUUAAACACUGAAACGACUGAUACAUUCAGGACAAGUUUACCGCGAAAUUAUUCGUUUGUUCGACCAUUUGCUACUUUAUGGAGACGUAAGACAAAAUCUGGUCGAGAUAAAUCAGAUUCUAAACAGUAAUUAUAUAGAAUUUCUCUUUUUUCCUCAGAGUAAUACACUUAUUUUAUUUUAAUUUGUUUUCUUUCACUAUUUAUCUUCACAAGAUGUCAAGCUAAAUCUUUAAAAUGACUUCAUUAGAUUCUUUGUUACUUCCUGUUAUAUAUAUACGAAUAACCUUAGCAUACAUUCCUUUAAUCAUUAAUGUGUCUUUCUGUUAGACUGUAUAUUUUAAUCUUAAGGGGGAAUUUCUUUGACUGAAAUCACUGUGUUUAGAAAUUUUGUGCAAUUUUGACUUUAUUUUCAAGCGGAAAUUUAUCAUUUAUUUACCUUGACCUGUUUACUUGAAUCUUCUGACUGCCAUAGUACUUUACAUUUGCUAUAAUAUACCUAUAUUUGUUUUCCUCUUUUGUUUGUACUUUCAUAAUAUUACCCAGGUUGGUAAUAACUUUAACUGUGUUAAAGGCAUUUAUAUUUAUUUUAAUUAAUUUUUUUCUUAUGAUAGACUCCUUUUUUCACUUAUUUCAAAUUUGUCAGUCAUAAGGUGAAUUUUAUCUUAUUUCAUGUUGAUGAUCGUCUCUAACAACUUUGAAUGACGUAAAGUGACAGAAUACGAAUAAUUAAUUGUGACUGGUUGCUUCCUACUAAGUUACGUACAAAGUAAAUGUUUAUUUUAUUCCAAAUAUCAGUUUAGUUGG